CGUCCCACCCGCUGGCAUACGUACCAACCCUGGCAUGAAGACGGCCUUCCGGCCUCGCUGCUUGCAAUAUGCUCUCAUUUACUUCUCACCAGCAUGAUGCUGGGCGGAGGCAGACUGGCUUCUACACUUGCGCUGCCGCUGACAGAGGAUAAUUUAAGGCCGCGCAAUCUCUCUUCCAAAAACACUCCUCCAAUUCAAAAGACACAUUUCAAACAACACUACUUUUACAAAAGAAAAGACAAAAUACCAAGGACCGUUAUAGGCAUAUUGGCAAAUCCAAUGCAAUCGAGGGGUUUCCGUUCAGUGGCCUAUUUCAAUGCUCGUCACCCGACAUGUGCGCAUUCAGAAGUUUGUCACCUUCCAGUUAUCAAUCUCCCCCACCAUUUCUCGCGCAUCGACGUUCCAUCUCUGAAUCUCUUUAGGCUCGGAGGCCAUAAAGUCAUUAUUUGGUCCAGCGCACAUACUGCCACGCACAAGCUGCUCUUUAUCUUCCCCCAUCUAUUCCUCGUCGCCUCUCCGUCUCUCGCUCCUCUCUUCGGGUCGUCGUUCAACCCGGCAGCGCUGAAUGAUUAGGAACAGGUAAUACAACGUCGAUCCUCAAUGCAUACUCGUUUGCAUACAACACGUUCUUUCUCUCUUUCCCUCUUUUACGUCCACUCUCUCUAUCCCUUGAGUCAGCACUCAUGCGGUUCAAUAGAGGCUGUCCGCGUCGGUAAUAAUAUCACUACACAUGAUUUAUCCAUUCCACCUCCGAAGUUGCGAGCGAGCGGCUCUGGUCGCGAGUUCGGUUGACUGCCUGCUGCCUGCAGUUAUGCAGCAUUUCUUUGCCUCCGCGUCCUUCCUUAAUCGUACUUACCGCCGGAUGGUCGGUCUGGAUGAUGGCCAGGACUCCAUCAUUGAGCGGGUAGCACGCAAUUCC